CCUAGAGCGAGCUCCUCUGGCUCUCCAUAAUCCCUGCCAGAAUCCCUCAGCAAAUAUUGGUGAUUCUUUUGUUUUGUUUUUGUGCUGUGACUUUUCUGAGUGUACCAAAUAGUGGACUGCAGGACUUGACCCAUAAUAAAAAGAGAAGGAAGAUACUCGCAACUGUUAAAAAAUGCAAAUUGUCAGCGCAUUGAGCCUCGUGAGCCUUUUGGGUCUGGUCAGUGUCUACGGUUACAGCCACCCGCAACAGCCGCUGCUGAGAAACGUCAUUAAAGUGAGGGCCAGCGGUUUCAUGCCUUUCGAAUCAGAUUUACUGCUGCCGCUGGGUAUUCUUAGGCAGCUUCAGGGCAUGGAUCGCGGCUCGCGCUUCAUCGGCCACCGGCCUAAAGGCAAGUCGCAACCCAAGCCCAAGAAGCCACAGCAAGUGCGCCUGGAACGGGUCCAUCCCAUGGGAAGCAAGCACCAGCAUCCCGGCACACAUAUGUACAAUCUAAUCGACGACGAUGGCGAGCUGCUGCUCAAUCUGAGGGUCCACAACGAGCAGCAGCAGCUCAGUGACCAGGGCAAUCUUCCUGGGACUCAUAAAGCAAUCAUUCCAGGCAAUCCCCCGCUGGAGGAUCCAUCCCCCUAUGACUCGCCUUGGUUGCCAUCUAAGUGGCGACCAAUGACAGCCAGAAGAGCGCCCCUUGGGGUCACCUCUUCCUCGCCACGACCUUUGCCCCUUUACCAGUAUCUACGAGGCAGCGGCAGCAGCGGGAAUCGCCUCGAGCAAGACACGGCCAAGCGAAGACGGCACGAUUGGCCCCACAAGUAAGGCUCGGAUCUAGAUCGAGCCCCAAAUGAAGCCACCAGAGUGCACACACAAAUCAAUUUAUUCCAUUCAUAGAUGUUUCACACUGAAUCACCCAAAGCAGAAACUCAUACAAGCAUUCAGACAGAUACAAUAUACAACAACAACCUUUAAGAUUCAAAAAUAAACACAUAUACAAAAAUUCACUGCGAUAAACCAAUCUAUGAACUGGUCGUUGAGCUACCGCUAAUUUGGCUUUGAUUAUGGUAAUUUUGGUCGAUUGGUGGAGUUGAAAGUGAAACUAAAACUGAAACUGAAACUGAAACGAUUCGAAAGUGCCGAGCGUAUGAAGGAAGUCGAAU